AUGGACAAUAUGGACGACCCUUCUCAAGGAGCGGACAUAUGCAGGGUGUGCCGAUCAGAAGGCAUGCCAGAACGGCCACUGUUUCAUCCUUGCAUAUGUACAGGCAGCAUUAAGUAUAUACAUCAAGAGUGCUUGGUACAAUGGAUGCGUUACAGUCGUAAAGAGUAUUGUGAGCUCUGUAGCUAUCGAUUUUCGUUCACCCCCAUCUAUGCUCCAGACAUGCCUCGACGAUUACCUAUUAAAGAUGUCGCUGCUGGUAUCACUUCAAGUGUUUUGACUGGAAUAAAAUAUUGGUUGCAUUUUACUUUGGUUGGACUGGCUUGGCUAUGCGUUGUGCCUUUUACAGCAUGUAGGAUUUACCGAAGCCUGUUUAAUGGUUCUUUUGAUGCUGUGAUGUCAUUGCCUCUUGAUAUGUGGUCAUCAAAGAACAUUUCUGGGGAUAUAUUUCAUGGCUGUUUUGUUGUGACUUGCACAUUGUUUGCAUUUAUUGGAUUAAUUUGGCUACGUGAACAAAUAUUACAUGGUGGUGGUCCAGAUUGGUUAGAAAGAGAUGAACCUAAUAACCAACAACAACUUAAUGUACUGUUACCUCCCAUUCCUGAAGAAAAUCCUGUAGAAGAGAUUGAAGGAGAACUUCGUCAAGAAAAUGGAAAUCAAGUAGAUGAAGGACAUUGGAAUCCAAUAGAUUGGGGAGAUCGGGCUGCUGAAGAUUUGACUUGGGAACGACUUUUAGGAUUAGAUGGUUCAUUGGUGUUUUUAGAACAUGUGUUUUGGGUGGUAUCUAUGAAUGCAUUAUUUAUAUUGGUGUUUGCAUUUUGUCCAUACCAAAUGGGUAAUCUGGCAAUUACUGCAAUGGCUUUACAAGAUAAGGUAGCUGCUUCACAUUUUGAAGGUUUGGUCACCACACUAUGCGGAUACUGUCUCAUUGGUAUGUGUUUGUUGAUCAUGCACACCUUUGCAACUAUUAUAGGAUUUAGACGAUCCAAACGUAUAAUUGGACUUAGCUAUAUUGUUGUAAAAGUAUCCUUAUUAUCAGUUGUUGAAAUUGGUGUACUGCCUUUAGUAUGCGGUUGGUGGUUGGACAUAUGUUCGUUGUCAAUGUUUGACACAAGUUUCAAAGAUAGGCUAGCAAGUUUCCGUUUGGCUCCUGGUACCUCCAUGUUCAUCCAUUGGCUGGUUGGAAUGGUGUAUGUGUAUUAUUUUGCUUCAUUUGUACUACUCCUUCGAGAAGUUGUCCGACCUGGUGUAUUAUGGUUCUUGCGAAAUCUAAACGAUCCAGAUUUUAGCCCUAUUCAAGAACUAAUACAACAAGGCAUGGUGCAACAUGGGCGAAGGCUCAUUGCGUCAGCUAUGAUAUUUGGUACGGCUGUAUUUCUUGUUGUAUGGCUGCCGAUACGAAUUCUGAAAUUUAUUUGGCCAACAUUUUUGCCAUAUAAUGUAACUUUACACAGCGAUUCCGUUAAUGAAUUGUCCAUGGAGCUAUUACUUCUCCAGGUUGUAUUACCAGCCCUACUGGAACAAACACACACUCGUAACUGGCUGAAAAUGGGCAUUCGUUUCUGGUGUCUUGUUGUCUCACAUUUUCUUGGAAUAAAGUCAUAUCUACUUGGUGAUGGGGAAGAACUACCUCCCGUCGUGGCGCCAAUACAUCCGCCCGCAGCUGAUUUAGGAGCAGCUCACGAGGGGUUGUUAAGACGUGGUGGACCUGUAGGUUUUCGACCUUACACUCGACCCACUAAUUUUGCUAUACGCCUGAUCGCCUUACUCGUCCUAGUAGCACUAUCUGUAGUCGUAAUCAGUUUGUCGAUCAUCACAAUACCUGUAUGGUUGGGUCGUUUAGCCAUGUCAUUUUGGCCAGCAUUACUGCCGUCUACGCCAGAACCAUCUCAGUUGCCCAACAUACAUGAACUGUAUACUGCAGCUUGUGGCACAUAUAUAUGUUGGUUAUCAGUACGUGCUGUUUGUUUUAUUGCGGGAUGGCUGCCAGAAGGACGUACUGUUGUCAUCAAUCGAUUAAAGUUUUGGCUAAAAAUUAGUUCAAAAGCAAUGGUCGCUUUUAUCGUGCUACUCGGUAUAAUACCGUUUUUAUUUGGUCUACUCUUGGAGCUCGUUAUGGUAGUACCGUUCCGAGUGCCUUUGCACCAGACACCUGUACUCUGGGCAUGGCAAGACUGGGCACUGGGAGUUUUAUAUAUGAAAAUUGCAUGCGCCAUAACCCUUAUGGGACCCGAUUGGUCUCUAAGGCGAGCCAUUGAACGUACAUACAGAGACGGCUUCAUGCGUUUGGAUCUCAAGUUAAUGAUGCAAGACCUAGCUGUACCCGUGAUUGCCGUUCUCAGUUUGUUCCUAGCGGUACCCUAUGUGAUUGCAUACUCUGUAAUACCACUUAUCGUCAAAAAUCAUGGCACACGACUGCUGAUCGCUAGGAGAAUAUAUCCAACACUUAUGCUCACUAUGGCCAUUGUUAAGGGGAUGAUGAUGCAAGUGCGUCAAUUCAAAAGACUCUACGAACACAUUAAAAAUGAUAAAUAUUUAGUGGGUAGAAGACUUGUAAAUUAUAACCAUACAAAUGCGGUUUCGGGUCAAAAUUAG